AUGGACGCUACCGCCGUGGACAGCGGGGAGGCUAAACUGGAAGGCGUGGACGAGGCGCCCUGCUACUACCCGACCACCGCGCAGUUCGCCGAGCCUCUGGAGUUCAUCGCCUCAAUCAGGCCCGAGGCGGAGCGGUACGGGAUAUGUCGAAUCUGCCCGCCGCCAGGCUGGAAGCCAGCCUUCGCUCACAAGCCGGACAAGCUCAAAUUCGCGACAAAGGAGCAGGAUCUGGGAAAGUUGGCGGGUGGGCAGCGGCUGAGACGAAAGUUCACCGAGAACCUGCGGAAAUUUCUGUUCCUGAUUGGGAAGCCGAUGGAGGCUGCCCGCGGGGGAAAGGUGUUCAUUGACAGCCACCACAGUAGCAACGGAUGUGGCCCGGUGGACAUGUUCCGCCUCUUCAAGGAGGUCCAGAGGAUGGGGGGUCACGAGGCCGUCUCCCGCGAUGGCGGCUGGGUGGCUCUCGCGGAGAGGAUGGGCUUCGACUCGAAAGCCAUUGGGCUGCAAGACGCCUACUGCACCUACCUCGCCGACUUCGAGGCGGUCCACAACGGGAAGGGUCUGGAUUUCGACGGCGUGGUCUACACGCCGACCGUCUACCGCGAGAAGCCCAGCGUGGAAGCAGACAUCCGGGUGGGCAUGACCCUCUGGCACUUCCUGGAGGAGGACCAUGGUGCCGGCCGCUGCUAUCACGGCACCGUCAAGGCCGUCCGCGGGGCGUCGAACUGCAUCGUGGAGUACGACUUUGCCGAGCGCUUUCCCGAACCUCACGGGCGAGAUGGCUCUUAUGACGCCGGCGGCGGUGGCGGGGGCUCCGCAGCGGCGAGGGGGGGGGGCAGCAGCAACGGGGAAUCUGCGGCCGGAGGGUGGAGCGGGGCCGGGAGCUACUUGGACUCUGAGGGUCGUUGGUCGCGGAAUUUCCGAGCGUCGUCGGGUGAAGAGGUGGAGCCUUUCCGGGUGACGUUGCCGAAGACCCAGCUGUCCACCUUGAUCCUCAACGGAAAGUCCCCCGCGGCCGCGAAGCUCGCGGCCCACGGGGUUGUGUGCGAGGUGUGCAGCAUCGCGGCGGCCUCGAAGAACGUUCUCGUCGUUUGCGUCGCGUGCGACAGCGCCUACCACCUGGGGUGCGUGGAGCCGGCACUGCCCAGGAUGCCUUUUCACGACUGGUUCUGCGGGGAUUGCGCAACGGACGGGAACACCGCGGAGGAUCUAGCCAGGGGCCCCAGCGGGCUCUUCUCCUCUUCCACCUCUUCCCCUUCGCUCCCCUUCGUGUCCUCGCCCUCCCCGAAGAAGACGAGCAAGCACGUGGCAGCGGGCUCGAUCUCGAAGCCGCCUUCGGCGGCCAAGCUGCCGGCGGUGGAAGCAGCAGCGGCGACGGCGGCGGCGGCGGCGGAGGGGAGUGAUACCUCCGCUCCUGCGGCCGACACCCCCGGUAGGUCCGGCGAGAGCGAUGCCUCAGCGGCGACCCCUGAAAAGCAGCGUGCCCCGGCCUCUGCCGUCGGGAAUGGCUCGGUAGGGACGAGCAAGCGGGGGGAGGCUGUGUCUCCUCGACGAAAACGGGCGGAGAACGGUAAGUUGCCGGCCGGUGGCAGAGGGGGCCCCGCGGCGGCGACUAGCACGGCCGCAGGUAAGCACGGCGCGGGUGCUGCCGCCGCCGCCGCUGCCGCAGCAGUGACCUUGAAUACGCCCAAGAAGGAGGAAGAAGAGGAGGACGGGAGUUCCAGCGAGGGAGGGGUUGCGGAAUGCGGCGCCAGCCUUUCGGCGGCCCGCAUGCGAGGGGUGUCGCGCAUGAACGGACGGGCCCUCAAAUAUGGGUUCGGCAACGGAGGCGUCUUCACUUUGAAGGAGUUUGCGUUGAUGGCGGAUGGCUGGCGGUCGAGCUACCUUGCCCGAAGGGGGCUCGGGGAUGAAGCCACGGAGGCGGAGAUGGAGGCGGAGUUUUGGAAGCUGGUGGGGCCGGACCCUCCAGAAGAAGACGUGAAGGUGCUCUACGGGAGUGACCUUGACACCGGAGCGGUGGGCAGCGGGUUCCCCUGGACACGCGGGGCGGUGGCGGCGCCCGGGAAGGCGGGGGUUGAGCAGACUGAGCGUCGGAAGCCAAGGCGAGGGCCGGGGACCCGCGAAUGGGACCACACAAGCUACGAGGGUCACUCCUACGAGCAGGACGCUUGGAACCUGAAUUGUCUGCCAACCUCGGACGGGUCCUUGCUUCAGUUUCUGGGGACUCAGAUCCAGGGAGUGAUGGUGCCUUGGCUCUACGUGGGCAUGGCCUUCAGGGUGGGGGCUACUGCUGCCCAAACCCACCUCCCCCACGCUACCGGCCCUUCCCCUCUUCCGUCGGUACGUGUGCGUUGCAGUGCCUUCUGCUGGCACAACGAGGACCACUACCUGUACUCGAUCAACUACCUGCACGCAGGGUCUCCAAAGAGAUGGUACGGCGUGCCGGGAUCGAUGGCCGAGAAGUUCGAGAGUACCGUGCAGCUCAUGUUUCCCGAGCUGUUCGAGGCGCACCCUGACCUGCUCAUGCAGCUGGUGACGAUGGCGCAUCCCACGGAGGUGUCUAAGAGAGGGGUCCCCGUGUCUUCCACCACCCAGAGGGAGGGGGAGUUCGUGCUGACCUUCCCGCAGGCUUACCACGCCGGGUUCAACAUGGGAACCAACUGCGCGGAGGCCGUAAAUUUUGCUCCUCCCGACUGGAUACCGUGGGGCAACGCGGCCCAGGAGCGCUACCGCCUCCACAAGCGCAAGCCGGUGUUUUCACACGAGGGCCUGGUGCUGUCACUGGUGGACAUCCUCGCCAAGAAUGCCGGCGAUGGAGUGCACGCCUCGGAAGAGCUGACGAGGUUCCUUAGAGACGAGCUGGCGGUGCUGGCGACACACCAGGAGGAGAUGACAAAGCAGGCACAACAAAUGGGCUGCACUCGUUUCGAGCCUAUGGAGAAGUUGGUCGAGCGCCUUCACGGGGGCCGCAAGGCAACGGCAUCCACCGAAGCCUCAGCAGCGGUAACAUCGAUAGUAAGGCGGAGCAGCUCCACCUCCGGAGGCAAGGGCAACGGUUGCGCUGACGGCGAAGGCGCUAGUGGUCGCGGCGGCAUCCUGGAAGGCCUAGCAACCGGAAGCGCGGUGCGAGGCCCCCAAUGCAGCGUCUGCGACCAGUACUGCUUCCUCACGGCCGUCGUGUGCGACAUGUGCGACAGCGGGGGGUCGGGGCGCGGCGCGCCCGCGCGCGCGAGCAGUGGCGGCGGCGGCAGCGACGGCAGCCCGAGCGGCGACGGUGGAGCGGCGGCGGCUGCGAGAAGACGGCACCAGCGGCGGCGGUUCGCCUGCGGGCGACACCUCGCGGAGCUGUGUGCGUGCCCGGCUUCGGAGUACACGUUCUACCAGCGCAAGGACGAGGCGCAGCUCCGGAGGGCGGCCAAGGACCUUACCUCCAGCAAGGAGUACACGGAGACGUGGGUGGAGGAGGCUAGGUUAGCGCUGGCGGCGGCGAGGAGCACCGGCGGCGGGUUGGUGAACAGCUUCCGAUCGGUCAAGGGUGCUAAGGGCAGCGGAGGUAGUUCUCGUGAAGACGGAGCUUCCCAGUUGCCGAGAGAGAACGGAACCGGCGGCGGCAAGGUCAAGCUUGAGGCGCAGCCUUCUUCGGCCAAGGCCGACGGCGACUCGGUGCGGCCGCGGCCGGCGAACGGCGCCGACUUCUCGUCGUCCAGCGACGGCGCGGCCGAGCGCGAAGAAGAAAUGGAGGACCUGCAGCUCAGCAACAGCAGCGGCAGCAGCAUGCCCGUGGACGAGGACGAGGCCCCCCUGCCGUCCUCCCUCUUGCCGGCGGGCUGGAACGAGCGCCCUUCGCUCAGUUACAUCGGGGACUUGAUCCGCGUCGGGGAAGAGCUGGGCGCGCCGGAGCAGACCCUGGAGAGUCUCCGCGAGAUCGUGGACGCUUGCGCGGGCUGGGUGAAGACCAUCGAGGGGAUCCUGGGCCCCGACGGCGCGGCCACCACCUCCGACACCUGUGCAGCGGCCGUGAGCUUGUUCGGCAGCGCGAAACGCGCGGCUGUGGCAGCGGCGGCGGCGGCGGCCACCGGCGGCAGAGGCGACGCCGACGGCGGGGGUAAGGGCGGCCGUAGCGGGGGUGGCGGGAGCCAACGGAACGGGGAGGUGCGGGGGGAGAUCGGCGACUCGACGACGGCGGUCAAACGGAAGGAACAGGUGCCGUUCCACAAGGCGAUCAAGCUGCUGAGCACGGAGGCGAAGCUGCCUGGGAGGCCCGUGGACACGACCGAGAGGCUCUGCGUCGCGAUCAUCGCCGCCUGCCGCCUGCGCCUGCAGGUUCGGUCGCUCCUCGGGCUGGGCGAAGACGAGCACACCACGGCUGCGAGGGCGAUGUGCCUGACCAUCCAGGAAGCCGGGCGGACCGCCUCUCCCGUGGAACUCGCGUCGAGAUCCGUCAGGCGAUACCCCGAGAACGGGACGGGCGGCGCCAGCGACGGCGCCGCCGACUCGAAAACCUCCGGCGGCGGGACUACGGGAGGCCCGAGGGGAAGCUCCCCGUGCCGCGGACAGGGGGGGGGGUCGAACGGCUCCUCCGCGGUCCGUUCCUCGGGCACCGAGUCCGGCGCGGCCUCCGAGGCCCCGACGACAACGUCCUCGCGGCCGGGGUCGUCCCGCACCCGCACGCGCACCAACGUCUCGGCCCCGACGGGCACGCUGGCGGCAGAGCGCGGCACGUGGAAGCUGCAGCCGUGGAGGCUGUGGCCCGUGCACCAGCCCGCCGCGGCGGCGCUCGUGGAGCCCUGCGUCAGCUCCGUAGUGGCGGUGCCGGAGCUGGCGCUCCUGAGGAAGGCGCUGGCCGCGCUGGCGGACAGGACCGACAAGGCGCUUAGGAUGAUGGACGGCGGGACGUCGUCGUCCGCGUCUGAGUCUUGCGGGAUGAAGAGAGGGCGCGGCGGAGCCACCGCUGGUGUGGGCGGAGACUCCGGCGGCGACGGCGGUGGUGCUAGAGGCAGGUCUCGCGGGAGCGGCGGCAGCGGCGGCGGUAAGGUGAAGCCUUCAGGCGCCCCUGCUGCUGUAGCCGGUUCUUCAAGGGGCGGGGGUGGUGCCGGGGGAGGGGUUCUCGUGGGCGCCGCGCACAAGCGCAGGCGGCAGGACGAUAGUUGAAGGCGUUCCUCUCUUGCGUGUUGUGUUGUUUUGAGUUUUUUUUCACUAUAGAGAGGAGGCGCUAGCGUGUAGAACGGCCUGCUUUGUUAACGAUGGGUUUGUCAUGCCCCCCGAGAAGGCCGAUCCCUCUUGAGAACAGUAGGAGAGGGUUGAGAGUGUUCGUUUUGUCGACAUGGCGCGGUUUGGUCUACAUGAGAUUGUAUUCUACGAGCACCCGAGAUAUCGGCGGUUGAGAGGUGGUAAUCGUAUUCUACACACCCUUCUUUUUUGGAGGGCAAAUGGGGUGAUGGCCAUGACCAUCUAGACAACGGUUCUUUCCAGACUUGAAAUAUUGUUAUUCCGAACCACUGUUUUCCAAGCGGUAUCAUGGCAUCAUCCCGUGCUUUGGGUAAGUGGCGUGCUGUUCAGCAAUAAUCGUAUGGAUUUAUCCGCGAGUACUUGUGUUUUUUUCCCGGGGGUGUCGAACUUAAUUCGAAGCAACACCGACCCCACAACAUCGGUCGUUGUUGCGAACCUCGUGGCUUCCGUCUUAACGUAACCGACGGGAAGAAACCUUGUUCGGAUGUUCUUCAGGCAGGCAGCCCUGCAUCAUCCAGGCAAGCUGGAUAUCAUCGCAUUCAGAGCUACUGCUGUAUCACCAUACAUAGCUGUCUGUGGGGCCAACUAGACGAAAUUUGUGUUUGGGGCACUUCUCCAUGGGUUUUAUCUCUCCACGGAACAAAGCGGAACGUCACCCGCAGCUGCAGAUGACGCUGCAUCCGCACACGACGGGUUUACGCGAGUGUUCACGCCCGCAGGGGAGGGUCAGAUGUAUUUUUUUUAUUUCUGGAAGGUUGGGGGGCGUGUGCCGGGUGGAGAGUGGGUGUAGGGGGGGGGGGGUAAAGGUUUCAGCGUAAGAUAGACUUUUGUCUUUUUUCCUUCUGUUCGCGGAAGGACGAGGCCGAACGGGUUUGCAAGCAAUAGGCACGACGGCGUGGAGAGAGAGGGUGGGGCGGUUGAUGGUUUCUAGCGGGGUCGCCCUGAUCAGAGCGCUGAAUGCGCGUGCAGUUACAAGAGAGGGCGACGAGGUUCGCGCCACAGCGAUUCGACGCGUGACCUAGUCGAUUUUGGGGCGAAUUUGUUCAUCUAUAGAGUCGCCUGGCUUACUGUAGGCUUCGUCUAUGAUGUCUAGGACUGUGAAGUACUACUUUCACGCGGAAAUGUUUGGCGGGUUAACUGUCGUUUUUCAUUCUUGAAGCUUGGCUUCAGUAAAUGUGGUUGUAUUCGCUGGCUUUCAAUAUUUCUCAAUAAAACAUUGCGUUCGUGUAUUGGUACGAGGAUGCGGGACACACAGGGUAAACGUUGUAUUUCUUUUCUGUUAAUAACAAAGGCAGACGUAGCAGAAGACGAUUCGGCGGGCGGGAGCCGAUUUGGUGAAAUCCGGCGUUGCUUUUUGUUUUUUGCUCUCGUGCCAUAGUGUGGUCUGCUGUAUGAUACUCCCGCCCCCCCCCCCGUUUGUUGGCUCAUGACGACAUGGCAUCCGAUGUUGAAGCUAAAUCGGAGUGCAUCAUAUUCCAAUACUGAAGGGUGUCUCAUGCGGUUCAACUACGAACCGACGGAAGAGGCCGAUCAAUACUGGGGAAAUCGAAUUGCUUCUCCCUUUUUUUCCGACGUGCUCCUCCUACGAUGUCGUGUUGCAGUCUGGCACGUUUUUUUUCGCGCAAUAUUGACUUAUUAUUUGUAAAACGUUUGGUUUGUACUGCUAUUUGACGCGGUUGAGAGUCGGUCUGGUGUACGUAUGGGAUGGGUGGCGUGUUUGUUGAUGUGUUGCAUAAAAACCGGAGAAAAACGGCACGCUUUUGGGGGGCCGCGAUAUGCGAGAGGGCGGGACGGCGAGGAAAAAACUGCGUGGGGGCGGGGGGCGGCGAGAGAGAGACGAGUUUGAGAUUUUUCCUCGCGAUGACUGGCGCAAAGAAAACACAGUUGUAAGCGACAGACCGCUCUGAGCAGGUACCAUUCUGGUGCAAACCUGACGGUAUGUACCAGACAGGGGAUGUGGAAUGAGUUUUCUUUCCUGCGAUCUUUCGACAUUAUAGAGCUGAAUCGCGGUAAACCAUGCCACCCCAACAUUGCUAUUGUGAGAGAUCAACGCGACGAGUAUCGUUGGCGUUGCCUGUUUGAAGCUGAUUUGUUUAUGGCGGGUGUAUUUGGCUGCUGGCUGAGUUUA